CCGUAUCCCUACCGGUAGCGGACCUUGCCCUGCCUCAGCCCCUUGGACUCUGAGCUGCACCUGCGAGGGAUCCAUCACCACCACGCUGCCCUAUGGAGGUCCCCAAGAAGCUGGUGAACUCAGUGUCGGGCUGUGCUGACGAUGCUCUGGCCGGGCUGGUGGCUUCCAACCCAGGGCUGCAGCUGCUGCAGGGACACCGGGUGGCCCUAAGAGCUGACCUGGUGGCCAUAAGGGGCCGGGUGGCUCUCAUUUCCGGAGGGGGCUCUGGCCAUGAGCCUGCCCAUGCAGGGUACAUUGGGAAGGGGAUGCUCACUGGUGUGGUGGCUGGAGCCGUCUUCACCUCUCCGGCUGUGGGCAGCAUCCUGGCGGCCAUCCGGGCUGUGACACAGGCUGGGGCAGCCGGGACCCUCCUCAUCGUCAAGAACUACACCGGGGACCGGCUCAACUUCGGGCUGGCGCUGGAGCGGGCACGGGCAGAGGGGACCGACGUGCGCAUGGUGGUGGUGGGCGAUGACAGCGCCUUCGCCACGCUGAAGAAAGCCGGGCGCCGUGGGCUCUGUGGCACCAUCCUCAUCCAUAAGGUCGCAGGAGCUCUGGCUGAGGCAGGAGCGAGCUUGGAUGAGAUCGUGGAGAAGGUGUCAUUGGCUGCCAAAGGCUUGGGUACCCUGGGGCUCAGCCUGGCCCCAUGCAGCGUUCCCGGCUCCAAACCCACUUUCCAGCUGGAUGCUGAUGAGAUGGAGCUGGGUCUGGGGAUCCACGGUGAGGCAGGAGUGCGCAGGAUGAAGAUGCUGACAGCAGAUGAGGCGGUGGAGAUGAUGCUGGCCCACAUGACAGACCCCUCCAAUGCCUCCCACCUCCCUCUUAGCCCUGGAGCCUCCGUGGUGCUGGUAGUGAACAACCUGGGUGGUUUGUCCUGCCUGGAGCUGGGCAUCGUGGCCGGGGCUGCUGUGCGCUGCCUGGAGAGACGAGGGAUCAGCAUCACCAGGGCACUGGUUGGCUCCUUCAUGACGGCGCUGGAGAUGGCCGGGGUCUCCCUCACCCUCAUGCUGGUGGAUGAGGAGCUGGUGGGGCUCAUUGAUGCCAAGACCACGGCCAUGGCAUGGCCCAACGUGGCCACGGCGCCGGCCACGAGCCAGAGACAGGAGCUACCAGCACCAAAGGAGGGAGCAGGGACCAUGCAGCAUGAACCCAGCUCUGGGCCCGGUGCGGCGCGGGUGCAGAGGGUGCUGGAGCUGGUGUGCAGCACCCUGCUGGCCAUGCAGGACAGGCUCAACGAGCUGGACCGGCAGGCAGGAGAUGGGGACUGCGGCCACACGCACGCUCGGGCUGCUCGAGCCAUCCAGGAGUGGGUCCAUGCCCAGUCCCCCCCAGCAGCCCCAGCCCAGCUCCUCUCAGCCCUGGCUGACCUCUUAUUGGAGAAGAUGGGGGGCUCCUCUGGUGUGCUCUAUGGGCUCUUCCUGACGGCGGCCGCCCGGCCCCUGCUCCGCAGCACUGAGCUCCCAGCAUGGGCUGAUGCCAUGGAUGCAGGCAUUGAAGCCAUGCAGAGGUAUGGAGGUGCUGCCCCAGGGGACAGGACAAUGUUGGACUCUCUGUGUGCUGCAGCACAGGCUCUGCAUCCCCUGCGCAGCCCCGGUGCCGAGCUGCUGCCCGUGCUGACCAACGCUGUGCAGAGCGCGGAGGCUGCAGCAGAGGCCACCAAGCACAUGGAGGCCGGGGCGGGCAGAGCCAGCUACAUCAGCUCAGCACGGCUGCUGCAGCCCGACCCGGGGGCUGUGGCUGUGGCUGCAGUGCUCAAGGCAGUGCUGGAGGGGCUGCAGAGCUGAUGGGGGGGGGGCUGCAUCUCACUUCUGACCCCCCUCCAUGCCCUCAAUAAACCUUUGUGGUCCUCAA